AUGUACCGUCAACUGCGAUCUAGAAAGACAACCAAGUUUAUCAGUACUUGGGCAUACCGAUCCAACACUCUUCAUACCAGCACUCUAUCUCGACAAGCAACACCUGUUCACCAUGAUUUUGACGUUAUUGUUAUUGGGGGAGGGCACGCAGGUACAGAAGCUUGUGCUGCUGCUGCUCGGUCAGGUGCAAGAACAUUGUUAUUGACACAAAAUAAAGAUACAAUCGGUGAAAUGUCCUGUAACCCUUCUUUUGGGGGUGUAGGCAAAGGUGUUUUAGUCCGAGAAAUUGAUGCGCUUGAUGGCGUAUGUGGUCGUAUUUCAGAUCUUGCUGGCAUUCAAUUUAAAGUGUUAAAUAAAUCCAAAGGACCUGCAGUUUAUGGACCUCGAGCUCAAAUUGAUCGGAAGCUAUACAAGAGACAUCUGCAAGAAUACCUUGCUCAUUACCCUAAUUUGACGAUUCAAUCAGGCAGUGUAUCUGAUUUAGUUUUAAAUGAUGGUAUGACUGAACAAGAACAUCAACAUAUGUUACAAAAAGGAGCCUCACAACUUAAUGGUCAAAUUAUUCGAGCACCCAAUGUAGUCAUUACCACAGGCACAUUUUUAGGAGGAGAGAUCCAUUUAGGUUUAAAAGUAUGGCCUGCAGGAAGAAUUGGUGAAAAUCCCUCUAUUGGACUAUCCAACUCAUUAAGAUCCGCUGGAUUCAAAUUGGCUCGCUUAAAGACAGGCACACCUGCAAGAUUAGAUGGAAAAACAAUCAACUAUGAUGGUCUUGUAGUUCAAGAAGGUGAUAAUCCACCUUCACCUUUCUCUUAUUUAAAUACAACAGUCCCUCAUGCAGAUCAUCAAAUCUUAUGUCAUCAAACACGUACCAAUGAUAGAGUUCAUAAAUACAUAGAAGACCAUUUUGAUCAAAGCAUUCAUAUCAGAGAAACGGUCAAAGGGCCUCGUUAUUGCCCUUCAUUAGAAUCCAAAAUUAAGCGCUUUAGAACAAAAGAAGCACACAAUAUUUGGUUAGAACCAGAAGGCCUUGAUACAGACGUCGUCUAUCCGAAUGGUAUCUCAAACACAAUGCCUGAAGAUGUUCAACUUAACUUUCUGAGAAUGAUUCAAGGCCUAGAAAAUGUGGAUAUGCUCAAGCCAGCCUAUGGUGUAGAAUACGAUCAUAUUGAUCCCAGAGAAUUGAAAUCUACAUUGGAAACAAAACGUAUUAGCGGUUUAUUCUUGGCUGGUCAGAUCAAUGGUACAACAGGAUAUGAAGAGGCAGCAGCCCAAGGUAUUAUGGCUGGUAUCAAUGCAGGUUUACACGCUCAAGGGAAACCAGCUUUUGUUCUUGACCGAUCUGAUGCUUACAUUGGUGUCUUGAUUGAUGAUUUAAUUACAAAAGGUGUGGAAGAGCCUUACCGAGUAUUUACUGCACGCUCUGAGUAUCGACUGCUUUUACGUGCUGACAAUGCAGAUACAAGACUUACUAGAAAAGGACAUCAAGCAGGUGUCAUUAAUCAAAAUAGAUGGGAACACUAUCAAACAGCUUCAAACGCACUUGAAUCAGCUAUAGAAGCACUCCAGAAUACCAAAAUGUCUGCCAAACGUUGGUCAGAACAUGGCCUUACCAUUAAUGAUAAUGGUAUUUUGAGAAGUGGUUUGGAUUUACUGACUUGGCCAAAUAUAACAUUGGAUCACUUUCAUGAGCUGAUACCUGAAAUCAAAGACUUGUGUCCUACACUCAAAGAGCGUAUUAUGAUUGAAGGACGUUAUAAGCCAUUUUUGAAGCGACAAGAACAGGAAGUGUUGGCCUUGAAAAGAGAUGAACAUUUAGCUCUUGAUAUCAACUUGGAUUAUUUACGGAUGGAUCAACUCUCUAAUGAAGUUCGACAAAAGUUGGCUACUGUGCGUCCUGAAACACUUGGUGCUGCAAAGCGAAUUGAAGGCAUGACACCUGCCGCUAUGGUAGUUUUGAUGAAAUAUGCAAAGCGCACUUUUAACAAAAAGAUACUUGUAGACUAG